AUGCCAGUAGCUUCUUUCGUUACUCAGUUAUAUACGCCGAGACCACUGUGUAUAGAGGACGACAGCCUAAACAUGGAAUUCAAUGCACAUCAACAAUACCGCCCUUCAUCAAGCAAAUCUCGGGGCCUGGGUCAAGCUCCACCCACUUCAUCCCCACAGAUGUAUCCAUAUAACGAUUAUUCUUUUCAAAAGCACCCACCGCCACCAUCAUUGCAACAAGUGUCAAGGUCGUCGCCACCCCAAUCCACGUGGGCUGUACCACAGACCCACAACUCGUACUAUGCCGGAGCCGGAGGCCCCAUGGUACGGAACAGAGAAGAGAACGUACAAUACCUUCCGAGGUCCGACAUCGACCCGUCCGCAGCAUCGAUGUUCAACAAUACAACAUUCAACAGUGGUAUGCAAGUCGGUGGCAUGUCAACUUCCGCAGAGUACUUUCCCAGCGUCAUCGAUGCCAGUCCCUGGGGCUCAAAGACGUGCGGAGAGCUUGAGCCGUUCCCCACUUUAGACGCAGAUACGACAGACUACGGUCAUGGACUGAUGGGUUCAGACGAGAAUACUCCUAUCAUCGACUUGCGGCAAUUUCAGGGACUGGACCAACGAGAGAGCGAUAAUGCAGCGCAAUACAACCCGCAAGGAACUCGUCGCCUGUCCGAGUCGUCAUUCUCAAUGUCCAGCACAGGUGGAGGUAUGUUUCCUGAGGUAUCAACCUACGAAGAAAUAGGCUCUUCCGAGGCAGUCUCAUAUGCGUCUGAGUGCGACACGUGGAACUCGGUCGAAUCUGGAGGUCAUCUAAUGUCUCCACUUGCCUCUCCAAGAAAAUCACAAUACGACACUGUCACCCGCACCGUAGGUCGAGCUCGCAUGUCGCCAGCGCCACACAACAAUGUUAGAUCUUCGCCGUACACUCUCGAGAGUACACGCUUUAAGCGGUGGUCCACCGGGCAGACGCCAACUUCGACGCCUGCAAGCUCACGCGGCAUAGCCCAGUCGCCUGUCCACUUUGCUUCUUACGGUCCAAGCCAAAAUCCGCAUCACUCAAUGCCAGCAUACCCCCCAAAUGCUAUGGCAAAUUUCGGUAUGCCUUCGCAAAACGUGCUGUUCUCGCAAAACCACCAUUUGCAAUCCAACGGUCCUGCAUUAUUUGCAACUCGCGAUCAUCCGUUCCAACUCGAAGUCCCUCGACCUCUUCCGUCGCAAGGCCUUUUCCGCCUGCUUCAAAGCAAUGUAGACAGACAUGGGGGUUGUUCAUCACACUUCGCGGAUCUUUCGGACCCUCCAGAUCUUUACUCUUCCCUGCACGAAGAGCCGUCCAACCCACCUGAAUCAGACAUGAACCCAUCAGACCCAGACCUUAUACCGCAUGAGCAGGACCUCCGCUUUAACGGUGAUCUUUACACUCCAAGGUGGGUUCGCGGACAUGGCAACAAGCGCGAAGGGUGGUGCGGACUUUGCAAACCUGGACGCUGGCUUGUGCUAAAGAAUAGUGCGUUUUGGUAUGAUAAAUCAUUCACGCACGGCGUAAGCGCAGCGACUGGUGCAGCAUUUCAAGGUCCACAAGACACACGCCGCACAGAAGGCAAUCUCGACGUGUGGGAAGGUCUUUGUGGGAGCUGCGGCGAGUGGAUUGCCUUAGUCAGCAGUAAGAAGAAGGGAACGACCUGGUUCAGGCAUGCAUACAAGUGUCACACCCACCCCAAAGUCAAAGAUGGGCCCAAGCGGCGUCGUGAAACACAGGCAGGUCGCGCUCGCACAGUAUCUUCGGUGUCUGCGUCGUCCUCCUCGCACCCUGUCAAACGAGAGUCCACGCCGUCCAACACUGCUUCAUACCAGCAUUCGCCACCAACACCGACGCCGUUAUCGGGUGAUUCCGCCUUCCACACCUUCGGCAUGCCCGCCUCGACUCCAAUCAGUACACCAUCGCUAAGCUCAACGUCGUAUGGAAGCAAUGCAUCUUAUCCAACUCCAGUAGCAGGUACGCACUCGAUGUACCCUCCCAACACCCCCACCACCACGGCUUCAUUGCGUGCCUUGCACACGCCGACAGCGACAGCGUUUCCUGACCUCCGUUAUGAUUCCGCUUCAACCAAAGAUGAGGGAAGCAUGUGCGUUUUCACCACUCCGCUACAAGACUUCCCGACCUUUUCAACGCCAUACUCAACUGUACCUUCUACCAGCUUCGCGCAUCAGGUCAGUGAGCCAGAGCUAGUGGGUAUAAGGACGAAGCACUCAACUCUCAAUUCGAUAGCAAGCAUGAUCUGA